CAGUACACUUUCCCAAUGCGAGCACUAAAACGACGUCGUACGGAUUCUGAUUGAUUGCCUUGGAUUUUUUCCUUCAUCCGAGCUCAACACCCCAACCCCCAACCCUACCCCUAACCCUAACUUCAUACCGAUAGAGACUUGAGAGACUCGAAAUCUAACCAUGAAAAGGGCAAUGCCAUGGGGUGAUGAAGAAGAUAAUUCAUCAUCAUCUUCUUCAUCAUCCCUGGAUACAGACACAGAAGCCGGUGAUGGGUCUUCCAGCAAAAAGCCAAAGAAUAACAGCACUGCAGUCGCUCAAGUCAAGUCUGGAAAGCAAAAGAAUGGGGCUAUAGACUUUGAAGCUUUGAAACGCCAUGGCUAUAAGGGUGGCUUAUCUGUCUUGAGUGUGCCUCCACCAAAAGAGGAUGAGAAGCGAGACUGGUCAUGGUCUACUGGUAAAGAUAGAGCUACAACUAAGGAAGUUGAAGAAUCUUAUGAUGAACGUCAGAAAACAAGAUAUGCAAUUGCUGAUGGAGAGCAACUGAUGAAUGUUCAAUCUCGGAAUGAGAAAAAGAAUCUUUCUUUCUCACAGAAGGAAAAAAGAAAGAGAGAUUUUGGUCAAGCGAGUAGGGGGAAGAAUUAUGUUGAAGAAGAGAAGCGGUUGUUAAGGGAUAGUGGUAUCUACUCUGGUUUUGAUUCAUAAUCUACUUAUGAUCUUGAAUCCUUUAUCAUGUAGAGGGUGUGGUACGUGAUUACAACUUACAACUUUUCAUCUCUUUGACAUUAAUCUUUGCAGUAAAACUAAACCUUUUGCAUUCUAUAGUA